AUGGCCGACCUCCCAUCCAGUCGAGUAACAUUAUGCCGACCAUUUUUGCACGUUGGUAUCGACUUUGCUGGACCACUUAUCCUAGCUGAGAGCCGUCGUAAGAACUCACGAUCGAUAAAGUGUUACCUUUCUAUCUUCGUGUGUAUGACUAUCAAAGCUGUACACAUUGAAGUGGUUUCUGACCUUUCAACUAAUACGUUUUUGGCGGCUUUACAACGCUUUGUCGCUCGACGUGGUACCCCAUCAAACAUUUACACUGACUGUGGAACGAACUUUAAAGGAGCAGACCAAAAAAUACGUAACAUAAUGUUAGACUCCACCGCCAAGACAACAUAUACGAAUGCGAUUUCAUGUAAGUGGCAUUUUAACCCUCCUGCAGCCCCACAUUUUGGUGGCCAGUGGGAGGCGGCCGUAAAAUCCACAAAAUAUCACUUAAAACGAGUUGUGGGUACUCAACGGUUAACGUUUGAAGAAAUGGUCACAUUAACAAGUCGUAUUGAAGCUCUACUCAAUUCUCGACCGAUAACUCCAUUGUCUGCUGAUCCUAAUGAUUAUCGUGCACUAACUCCAGGUCACUUUCUUAUUGGUCAUCCAAUGGUUGAAAUACCAGAAAAGGACGUAAUUGACAUACCUCAAAAUCGCCUCAAUCGUUGGGAACUCCUACGACAAAUGUAUCAAUCACUCUGGAAAAGAUGGUCAACAGAGUACUUGUCAUCGUUGCAACGACGCACAAAAUGGGUAGACAAUCAGCCAAAUGUUAAGGUUGACGAUUUGGUAUUGAUAAACAUGCCGAAUCAACCACCUAUACAUUGGAAACUUGGUCGCAUACAACAAGUUCACCCGGGUGCAGAUGGUGUGGUCCGUGUAGCCACAGUGCGUACCGAACAUGGAACCCUCACACGACCAAUAGUCAAACUAGCCAUCCUUCCUCUUGAUAAGUGA